AUGGAGAGAUCUCCGUUGGGACAGCUGGGCAAGCUGCCCUACGAAAUCCGACUGGAGAUCUACGAGAAACUUUUUGCAAAGAAGACACCCCUGACGAUUCUUCGCUGCUCACGAGCAAUCCACGGAGAAAUAACCAAACGCCUCUAUGACACACUCAACAUACAUCUAACUCCGGUGUUCAACGACCCCUGGAUCGAGGUUCGCUGCAAACGAUUGCGAUUGCGAUGGACCAUACCCAAUCAUUCCUGGAUUGCCCAGGCUCGAUUCUCAUGUAUACCAUACCACAAGGUGAACCUGGUGAUUCAUAUCUACGCACCCGACCCACGCAACCCUGGCCAAAUAGCUCUGCUCUGGCAAAAGGUUCAAUAUUUGGUGUAUAUUCUUCAGAACCGUGCUGUUGCUUCCAUAGUUAUUCGAUUGCGAGAGCAUCAAGGUCGCGACUGGCAAGAGGAAGGUCACGUGGUGGAGAGCAUCCCUUAUCCAAACAAAUGUCGUCCUGAUCAUCACAUUGUUUUCCUGCCCUUCUGUCGCUUAUUCAAUGUUGGUGCCUUCUGGGUGCUUCCAGAUACUCGGCGCAUGGACCGUGUCACUGACUGGGGUCUGAUAAACUAUGGUCGGGACUUCAUCCUGAACAAUGGUUACCGGAACUAUAACGAUGGUCCUCUCAGCCAGGACCGGCAGUACCGGGAUAUUGUCCGAGACUUUGAUAAUAUUGACGCCCUGAUUCGAGAUACCGACUUUUUCCUAGAAACACGCCUGGACACUAUGCGUGGUAAUACCGCAGCAAUGCUUCGCCUUGAUCGAGUCGCCCACUGGCCUCUGGCAAUAACCGUCGACUCGUCAUCCAGGCUCGAACGUAGCUUGUUAGAUAUUCGACAGUACCCAGGCUCAGUAAACCUUCACGAUCCCGGUCUGAAGAGUCAUAGCCUCCGUAUGUGCGGGUUCUAUAACAUGUACGAAAUCUCUUGCGCCAUAUUAGACAGGGAUUCAUGGGAAGAAUGGCUUUCAUGUUUCCCUGAAGGUCUCGAUCCCCAUGAUCAGGACAGUAUCGAUACUCAGACCCAAAUGAUCAUGGACAAUCCCGAAAGGAAUGACAUCUGGGAUUCCGAAAGGGCAGAUCGGGAGUACGAAACCAAUAUUGAGAACUAUUUGGAGCGAAAUUGGAAUGGUUCUCCUGCAUGGCGUUACCCCAGCUUUGAAAAGGACUGGUGUACCGAUUGCCGACGGAUAGGAUAUCGGACUGGGUGUGACCAAGACUGCGAGCUGAAAGAUGGUCCUUACUAUGGAAAGUAUUGGGAUAUUGACAAAGUUUUUGCUGCUGAUUUUUCGGAUUCUGAUAUUUCUAGCUUUGAUCUCGACUAUGGAGUACGACCAAACUACAGCCAAGAAUCAUAUAUUGACGCCAAACUUAUACUUCGUUUUAAUCUCCUCUCCACCGAUAUGCCGACAUCAACGCAGAUGUCGGCCGACGAGGGCUCGCUCACCGGAGCGGCCCAGGGUAUGUUGCCCCCCCCCUCUGAUAACGGCGCGCUUGGUGGCCACCUUCCGUCAAGCUUCAAUCCUUGGUGGGGUCCAGAGUGGUGUACUUGGCUCCUCGUUGAGGAACCCAACGACAUUGCUUUGGACCCAGUCGAGCGAUGGAAGCGGCUGUUAUUCCUCCUCGAGUAUGGUGACUACGCGGCUCGGGUUUGGAACUUCCUGCUGAGGGCGUCCCGAGCACUGCGGUCUCCCAUCCACAAAUCAGUCGUCCAGCUCCGUGACAAGCUUACACAAGAAUCGAAAGAUUCUUCCAGCGGACAGAAAAUAUGGAUCCCCCGGAUCGAGAGAUGCGUCAUGUAUCUCAUCGAUCAGGGCCUGGAUAUCGACCUUGUGAUGGCGAAACUGGCAAUUCUGGUCUAUAGCAAGCGGAACCUCACUUGUCACGCUAGGAUAGGGGAGAUAUCGAACUCUGCCCCGUUGAGGAGAGAAAUCGAGAGGGCCAAAUCCCGACUCCGCGAGGUCCUGCCAAGUGAACAGUUCCGCAACUAUAGUGCCUGGCAACGGAUUCUGGCCUUCUAUGGAAGUACCCAAGACUACCCACAUUUCAGAGACGGCGCUGUCUCUGACACGGUCUUGCCCGAGCCCGACUGCAGACACCAGCCCGACAACGCAAAGCGCCUUGCGUUCGAGAAGAGAGUAUUCGAUGAUCGUCUUGACGCGACUUUCCAGACAAUCAACGAGCGGAUCCCGGUCACCUUUCGUCCUGUUCCCGGUCAAACGCGGACGAAGCAUAGCGUGUCGGAUCCGCUCCCUUACGCUCCUCGGAAAAGGCGUGCCAUUGGAUCGCCGGACUCCGAGGAACGUACCGAUGGAAAGCCUGCCGCCUUGCCAUUCCCCACCGUGGCCUUUGGAAACGUGGAGGAUGCCUGUAUAUUUCAAGAGAUAUACAGGGAUCUCGAAUACGUCUUCGGCAAAGACCGGAGAUCGGGCCGGAGGGCGCUCGAGGCGGCACGGAAGGCGGUCGGCCAAGCGCGGGCUAACGUUGAUAGGUAG